AUGAAGGCCAGUGAUCCUAAGCCCAAGUGGAGCGACGUCUCAGCAAUGAGUUCGACCACGAAAAGCUAUUGGGCCCAAUGGGACAGCUUGCUGAUUCAGGAUGGAGUCCUGUGCCGUAAAUGGGAAAAUGGUCGGGGAGACAGGUGUCAUUUGCAAAUGGUUGUCCCUAAGGCUAAAGUGCCGGAUGUUCUACAGCUGUACCAUAGUGGUUGUUCAGGAGGCCACCUGGGAGAUAAACGAACUCUCCUGAAGAUCCGAGAACGGUUUUACUGGGUCCACUGUCGUGACGAUGUCGAGGACUGGUGCCGCAAAUGUACAAGUUGUGCGUCUGUAAAGGGACCUCAAAUUCGUAGUAGAGGCGCAUUGAAAUUGUACAAUGUUGGUGCACCAUGGGAGAGGAUAGCCAUUGACGUUGCGGGGCAGUUUCCAGAAACUGAAAGUGGUAACAAGUAUUUCGUGAUUGUGAUGGAUUACUUCACUAAGUGGCCAGAAGUCUUCGCCAUUCCAAAUCAAGAAGCUUCAAUAGUUGCAGAUAAACUAGUUCAUGAAGUCUUCUGUCGUUUUGGAGUACCUUUAGAUAUUCACAGCGAUCAAGGAAGGAAUUUUGAGUCUCAAAUAUUCCAGGAAACUUGCCGAGUUAUGGGUACUCAGAAAACACGAACAACUUCUAACCACCCACAAUCUGAUGGAAUGGUAGAAAGAUUUAAUCAAACAUUGGAGAGGUACGUAGCAAAAGUUGUGGAAAAACGGCAACGAGACUGGGACAGGCACAUACAACCGUUUUUGUUGUCAUAUCGAAGCGCUGUUCACAAAAGUACAUAA